GUCAGCUUUAACACCAAGUAACAUCGCAAGGGAAGCCUCUUCAAAAAUAUCAAGAUGGUUAUGAGGUUCACUGCGCUCGCAGUUUUGGGUUUGUCGGCCAUGGUAACAUCGCUUCCAUCGGAUCCCUACCAGCCUCCAAAACACUACAAAGAACCAGCAAAGCCGUACAACUUCGCGUACGGCGUGAGCGACCCAUACCAGGGCAUCGACUUCGGGCAGAACGAAGAGAGCGACGGCAGCCUGGUGCAAGGCUCGUACUCCGUGCAGCUGCCUGACGGACGGCAGCAGAUCGUGACGUACCAGGCUGAUCAUGACCGCGGGUUCCACGCCGACGUGAGCUACAAGGGCGAGGCGCAGUACCCACCCAAGUCUGAGCAUCCUCCCUUCGUGGUCAAACCAAGCAAGGACUACCACCAACCCUCUAAGGACUACCAUCAACCCCCCAAGGAUUACCAUCAACCCCCCUCCUACCAUUGAAAUGUCAUACACUAGAUAAGGAUCCAUUUAGCUAUUGAACUGUUGGGUUUAUGUUUGGUUCUUUUAAUUUGUUGAAUACAUUUGUACACUAAAUAUAA